UAGGUCACGGACGGCGGCGGCUGCAGGGUGAGUGCGAGCUCUUGGGGACAGGGGCAGCUCCUUCACCGGCGCAUUGGCAGAGGGUGUUGUGUGUUUUGGGGACCCCUCCUUGGCUCCCUGGUGUGUGAGGAGGCAGAUGUGUGGCCCCUGGUGAGCGAGGACCCCGUUGCGUCGCUCCUAACGCGUUUAAAGCCGCACCGCGCAUGCGUUGAUCGGCUCUGCCGUCUCCAGUGAUUUUCGGAAGGCGAGGAUCCAGUCAUGGUCAGCAGGUGACCGCAGCCCCGGCUUCCCGCAUCACCAGUCGGCGUCUUUCAGAUGAUCCGAUGGCAGACCAAAGAAUGGACAUCUCUUCUACAAUCAGUGACUUCAUGUCGCCGGCGUCCGCUGACCUCAUAUCCAGUUCCCUCGGCACCGGCGGGAUGGACUGCAACCGCAAGAGGAAGGGGAGUCUGGCGGAUUAUCAUCACAGCGAAGGAAUGGACACCGACAAGGACGAUCCUCACGGGAUGCUGGAAUACGCGGAGGGGCGGAUUAAAAACGCUCGGGAGGCGCACAGUCAGAUAGAGAAGAGACGGCGGGAUAAGAUGAACAGUUUCAUCGAUGAGUUGGCGUCGCUCGUCCCCACGUGUAACGCCAUGUCUCGGAAGCUGGACAAGCUGACGGUGCUGCGCAUGGCCGUGCAGCACAUGAAAACUCUGCGAGGAGCUGCCAAUCCGUACACGGAAGCCAAUUACAAGCCGGCGUUCUUAUCAGACGACGAAUUAAAGCACUUGAUUCUCAGGGCGGCGGACGGAUUCCUUUUCGUGGUCGGCUGCGAUCGAGGGAAGAUUCUCUUCGUUUCCGAAUCUGUUUUCAAGAUUCUUAAUUACAGCCAGAACGAUCUGAUUGGACAGAGUCUGUUUGAUUAUCUUCACCCGAAAGAUAUCGCCAAAGUGAAGGAGCAGCUGUCGUCGUCCGAUACGGCCCCCCGCGAGCGGCUCAUCGACGCCAAGACCGGCCUUCCGGUAAAGACGGACAUUACUCCGGGCCCCUCGCGGCUUUGCUCUGGCGCCAGGCGAUCGUUUUUCUGUCGCAUGAAAUGUAACCGACCUUCGGUAAAAGUUGAAGAUAAAGAUUUCCCCUCGAACUGCUCUAAAAAGAAAGCAGAUCGGAAGAGCUUUUGCACCAUACACAGCACCGGCUACCUGAAGAGCUGGCCGCCCACCAAGAUGGGUCUGGACGAGGACAACGAGCCGGACAACGAGGGCUGCAAUCUGAGCUGCCUCGUCGCCAUCGGACGGCUGCAUCCACACAUCGUUCCGCAGCAGAUGAACGGGGAAAUCCGGGUGAAAUCCACCGAAUACGUCUCUCGGCACGCCAUAGACGGGAAGUUCGUGUUUGUGGACCAGCGCGCCACGGCCAUCUUGGGUUACUUACCGCAGGAGCUGCUCGGCACAUCGUGUUACGAGUAUUUCCACCAGGACGACAUCGGGAACCUCGCCGAGUGUCACCGACAAGUUUUACAGACGAGAGAAAAAAUAACAACCAACUGUUACAAGUUUAAGAUCAAAGACGGUUCCUUCAUUACGCUGAAAAGCCGCUGGUUUAGUUUCAUGAACCCCUGGACCAAAGAAGUGGAGUACAUCGUCUCUACGAACACGGUGGUCUCGGCCAGCGUUCUUGAUGGCGGCGAGUCCGGCUUCUCUCACAUGUCGACUUCUCCACCCAGCAUGGACAGCGUGUUACCGUCUGGGGAAGGCGGCCCGAAAAGGAGCCUCCCUGCUGUUCCCGGCAUUCCCGGCGGAACGAGAGCCGGCGCCGGAAAGAUCGGCCGGAUGAUUGCAGAGGAGAUCAUGGAAAUUCACCGGAUAAGAGGCUCCUCUCCUUCAAGCUGCGGUUCCAGUCCGUUAAACAUCACCAGCACACCUCCCCCUGAUGCCACAUCCCCUGGGGGCAAAAAAAUUUUGAACGGGAACACGAUGGAUCUUCCCACCUCGGCGUUGGUGGCCGGACAGGUCCAGGACAGUUCUGGUUUUCCGUUUUCGGACAGUUCCUCUAUGCUCGGGGACAACUCACAGAUGGGGAUGGACAUGAUUGAAACCGGACACGGCUCCAGCAGCCCCAGUAACGACGAAGCAGCCAUGGCUGUCAUUAUGAGCCUCCUGGAGGCAGAUGCUGGCCUGGGGGGGCCGGUGGAUUUCAGCGACUUACCCUGGCCUUUGUGAAUAACACAAUCGGACAUAUCAGUAAGUGCAUUAACGGGGCUUUCAGCUGCUACGGUCCAGCAGCGAGAGAGUUAACACUGACUUUCUACGGAUGAAGCGUCACAAGCCAUGUUAGUGAUUGGGGGUACCGGCUUCUGCCCGCGUCCAGCUUGCAUUAAGUGUAUAUUUUGGAAUCUGCCGUGUUUAUUGGCGCCGCGCCGUCGCUUUUAUACGCAGUGUCAUUUCACGUGUUUUCACAGCAGAGGUCCCGUGUGGAUGAGGUUUCUUAAACCAAUUGUAUAAAGAUGUUUUAUUGGAAGAAUCCUUUAUGCUGAACAUUGUUACAGUGUAAUAAAUAUUUUUUAAAAUAAAA